AUGUCGAGCAGCGAGAUAAAACAGAAGUGGGAAGCCGCCCGUGACAACGCGGCCCGAGAAGGAACCUGGAUGCACGCUCAAUUCGAGUGCCUGCUGAACGGAGGGUCCGUGCGAGAAAUGACCUCAGAGAUCGCCCUGCUCUUCCGAUUCCUAGGGAAACUGCACGAAGGCACGGCCUACAGAACCGAAUGGAAAGUCUACGCCGAGGACAUCGACGUAGCCGGUAGCAUCGACUUCGUCAUCCAGCAAGCCAGCGGCAGCCUAGUGCUCGUGGACUGGAAGCGAAGCAGCAGAAUAUCAAGCCGCGGAGAGCAUUUCAACCGCUUCAUGAAACCGCCCCUGGCACACCUGGGAGACAGCACCCUCUGCCACUACCACCUACAGCUCAACGUCUAUCGAUGGAUUCUCCAACACCAUUACCACAAAGUCAUCGCAGAAAUGUACAUCGUGGGGACGCAUCCCGACAACGGCCACGAACCUUGGAUACAGCAGGUCGGAGUCAUGGACAACGAAACCACGAAGCUCAUCGACGAAACAGUCAAGGAGUUGCUGCGCAUCUUCAACCUCGCAGGCGAACAGCUGCUGGAGAUUGUCCUCGAGGCUCCGACAGACUUACAGCUAGUGAAACUCGACUACGGCCCGCCCAACCAGCACGACACAACACGACUCAUCGCAGCCGCGCGCAGCCAGACCCCGACCAAACUGGAGGAACUCCUCAGCCACCCACUCAAUCCGAACUGUGUCCAAGCAACGCUGUUCUCCACCACCACGCCCCUCGAAGCAGCAACGAGAGGCAGAAAACUAGAGAAAGUAAAGCUCCUGCUGGAAGCCAAAAUCAAUGCCAACACCGACGAAGACCACGGCCUGCUGCUGCGAGCAGCACAACGACAGGACCAGACAGCGGUCCAGCUCUUGAUCGCGGCCCGGUGUCACUUGGAAACACGCAACCACACCGGCACUACGGCCCUCGCCGCCGCAGCACGCAAGAGCAACGUCCAAAUCGUGCACAUGCUUCUGCAAGCCAGAGCCGAUAUCGAGGCCCCGAACAACAAUCGACGCAGACCACUCGCGGUCGCUGCGUGGGCAAACCAGCCCAUCAUCGUGCUAACGCUACUAGCAGCACGCUGCAACCCGCUGGCCGCAGAACCACGUCACCCAGAUGGGAUUCCUGCAUCAGCGGCCAAAAACAUCUUCCUCAGCGCAUGCGUGCAAGCAGGCAAACAGGCCAUGCGUGAAGCGUUUCUCGCCGGACCGAAGCCGUGUGUCGACCAGCCGCACGAAGAGCUCCAGCCGAUCAUGCUGCACGUCCGCGGCUGCAGCGGUCAAGUGAUCUGCACCAUCGAUCCCUCAGCCCGCAGCCACAAAGACGGGAUCGUCCUUGACGACCUGGCGCUCACCGUAGGCAUGCGCCUAGACGUGCCCGCCAACCGCAUCAGCAUUCACUUCGCUGAAGGACAAGCUGAACUAAAUCCGAAAAUGACCUGGGCCGACUGCGAACACCUCACUGCCCAACACAGCAGCUACGAACUACUGGCAGUCGUCCGACAUUUUCGAGACGGAGGAGCACCCGAACUAUCCCUUGCCAUUCAGAUGGAGUCUCACCGACAAGUCUGCAGCCUGCUAGAAGACCUAGUGGACCCCAACAUCGCAAUCAGCCACGACAGCAACUACGCACCAUGCAGCCCUUUGUGCAUCGCCGCCUACACCAAUUUUGACAACCCCUACAUCGCCCAGGCACUCACCGCGGCCCACGCCAAUGUAGACGGGAGGCACUUCGCCAUGAGUCCUCUGACGGCAGCCUGCGAAAGUUACAACCUGCAGAUGAUCAACUUCCUCGUUGAAGCCCGCGCAGACACAAACCGACCAACGUCGUCCACGGACACGCCUCUGCUUAUUGCGGUGUCCAUGGAUUCCGCACCGCUGGUGCACCUCCUCCUGCGCCACCGUGCCAACAUCAACCAACAAGAUCAUUGGCAACGCGGUCCCAUAGAACGGGCCUUCCAGCACAGGGCACCCCGAGCAGCAGCAUGCCUUCUGCGGGCGAAAGCGCAAGUGCAGCCGCACACAGAUGCCAACUGCUUACUCCACCGCGCCGCAAGCAAAGGCAGCUUAACCUGGAUCAAAAUACUCCUCGCAGCCGGGGCAAACCCGCAAAGCAGAGAUGAGCACGGCCGCCUUCCCAUCAAUGUCCUCCGACGCCUGCCAACCUUUCAACAGCGCCAGCAAAUCAAACGCAGCCUUUGCUCAGCCAGUCCCACAGCCACUCGCCGCAGCCCAUCCGCGGAAAAUCCAGUGGGUCACACAGGCGAGCAGGAGUCCCGCCCACACUGCGUAGAACGCUUCGAGACCAGCAGCGAGACCGGCAAUGCGAGGAAAAAAACUGCAGCUCAGAGCGCAGAGCAUUCACUUGUGCAGGUAUGGACAGACGAGCAAGCCAGAAACACGCAAGCAGCAAGUGACACGCCAGUGUACAGCAAAGCCAGAACACGCGGCAGCACCAAAGUGCCAGCCACCAAUGGAAAGCGAACAUCCGGCUGCAAGAACAUCUCCAUGCUCAAGGACCACACCACCAAAACGGCACCAGAACAAAAGGCUGUCAUCCUGCCGUAUGUGCACCUGCUCGAGGGCUCAAAAGAAAAAGAGGAUUUCAGACUGGCCCUGUGGAACAGACACGCCAAAAAACUGGCAAAGCUCCUAUGGCGACCAAUCGACCCAAACACCAUCUUCAACAGAUACUACCCAUCGCCGACGUCAGCACUCGAACUGCUCCUGCUGAACCCGACAGCAAGCUGGCCAGCAGCUGCCCUGCGACAUAUCCUGGAAGCCAAAGCCGCCCUGGACCGACCCGAGAACAAAGACGUGCUCCUCCUGGCCGUGAGACAGGGACAAGCCCACUACGUACAACUACUUCUAAGGCAGCAGGCAAACCCUCGUGGCUCCACGAACCGACUGACACCAUUGGACAUGGCAUGUCAACAUCACCCCGAGGACUUCUCGCACAACGCUCAGCAACCGGGUCUAAUCACCAUGUUGCUAACAGCCCAGGCCGACCCAGAGCCCAUGCUCCGGGACGCCAACAGCUGGGCCGCACACCCGACCCCAAGGGAUUACGUCGACCUGGCAAACCCUCGCACGCUAAACAGCACCGUAACCUUGGCCUGCGCAGCAGCCGCUCAUUCCAACCCGACGUUUAUGCAACAAAUUCUGGCAGCCGCAACCACUGAGCAAACCGCCACGAUCACCGGAGAUCUCCCCUGCAAAGCUGCACAAACGUCCGCCAUAGCCGCGAGUCUCUGCAGCGCAGCCUAUGCAGGCAAGACCAACCACGUGCGCUGGCUGCUAAGCAUGAAAGCAAACCCAGACGCCCACGUGUGCCACUGGAUCCUGCAAGGUAAGCACGACUUCAUGUCAAGUGGCCACGACCACCAGACAGCCGUCGCCCUCGCCGCCGCCAAGGGACACUACGCCACCGUGCAAACACUGCUCGAAGCCAAGGCCGAUGCAAACCUCAGCUUCAACGGAAACAACACCGUGGUCGCACAGCUGCUGAUGGCCCGAGCCGACCCGAACUUCUACGGCUUCCCCGCCGAGCCGCCUCUGGUCCUAGCGUGCCUGCAAAACAAGCCCGACACCGCAGAGCUGCUGCUGCAUGCCAAAGCCAACCUCGAGGAAAACCUGCUGCGGGCGAUGUUCCACUACGAGAUCGCCCAAGCCCUCAAGCACGAGUGCGCACAAGAUCUCCUCCUACGCCAAGCACAGCGCCGAAAGAGAAGCAGCUGGUCGCCGGGCCGGUUCGCAAGGCAAAUGCGACGAAAAGCAUCGGUCCAGUCCACAGAACCUCCUCACCAGACACAGCGAUCCAAGCAAAGCGCGGACUCUCACCGACCGGCACCGAAGCAUGGCCAACGAGACAAGACCAGGCGCCGUACUGAAACUUCCUACUGA